UCACACGUCUUACAUUACUUAGCUCGCAACCAAAACAAUCAGAGACUGAUUGAAUAGUUCGAUACCAUCAACAAACCCAUUAACCCGAUCCAAAUGACCCGCUCCGUCAACUUCCCUCUCCUCGGCCUCGCCGCCGCACUCCUCCUCAGCGUCUCAGGUAAACUCCCCGACGAUGUCAAGCCGAACCGCUUAGAGGUUUACGGCGGAGGAAAGAUAUUCGACAUCAGCCACCGUUACACGCCGGAGAUGCCGGCGUGGGAGUCAAAGGAGGGACUCUCGAACCACCUGAGGCUGAUCGCGAGCAUGAAGAACGGAUCUUUCGCCAACGUGUCGGAGAUGAAACUGUCUGUUCACUCGGGAACACACGUGGAUGCUCCAGGUCACUUCAUCGACGAGUAUUACGACGCUGGCUUCGACUCCGAUUCGCUUGACCUCCAAACUCUUAACGGUCCUGCUUUGUUGGUUGAUGUUCCGAGAGACAAGAACAUAACUGCUGAGGUAAUGGAAGCACUUCAUAUUCCAAGGGGAGUUCGUCGUGUGCUCUUCAGAACAUCCAACACUGACAAGCGGCUUAUGUUUAAGAAAGAGUUCGAUUCAAGCUUUUCUGGUUUCAUGACCGAUGGGGCUAAAUGGUUGGUUGAGAACACAGACAUCAAACUAGUCGGGCUUGAUUAUCUCUCCUUUGCUGCUUUUGAGGAAUCACCUGCAACACACAAGGUUAUACUUAGAGGAAGGGAUAUAAUCCCUGUGGAAGCGCUGAAGCUGGAUGGUGUGGAGGCAGGAAUGUACUCGCUUCAUUGCUUACCGUUGAGACUGGUUGGAGCAGAAGGAGCACCGACAAGGUGCAUUCUUAUCAAGUGAUUCACUUCUCAUCGUCUUCUUUGUAUGUUGGUCAGUCAAAUAUAAUGGAACAGAUCAUAAAUAAUAUGCUUAGUAUACUUUCAAGAUCCCACAAUCACAAAACAGAUGUCAUAGAUGUAAAAGGUAAACAAUACCUUUACAAACUUAUGUGUAUGUUUGUGUGUAAUUCUGAAAGAUAUGGUAAUAAAGUUCAGACCGAAA